AGCUGAACGUUGCCACUGGGAUUGGGAUUUGAUGAUCCCAUAUGCGGUCAUGGCCUACAGAGCGACCAGGCACAGUGCAGGGUUUCACACCAAACUUCAUGAUGUUCGGACGUGAAAUAAGUGAACCAGUAGACCUGAUAGCUGGUCUUCCCCCGGACUCUGACAAUGCACUCUCAGCCCCAGAGUAUGUGCAACAGAUGCGCCAGCGGCUGGAACUGGCUCAUCAAAUCACCCGAGAGGUCCUGGGAGAGUCAGUCACACGAGCAAAAAGACAUUACGACAAAAAUGCCUGCCACACACAAUACAAAGUUGGAGAUGCUGUGUGGUACCUUAUAAAAGGCGCACGACGUGUCAAGAACAAAGUAAAAAAGUUUUUGCCUUCCUAUGAAGGCCCUUUCUUCGUUCUUGGACAACUGGAUGAUCUGGUCUACAGAAUUCAGAAGAGCCCCAGAUCCAAAGCAAAAGUUGUUCAUCACGACCAACUGAAGCCCUAUCGCAGCCAUGAACCGCUGGACAUUUCAUGGGUUCAGAGUCAGAUGCAGCACUGGUCACCUACAGAGGUUUCCCCACACGCUGUGGAAGGAGAUCUUGAGGAACAGGACCUCAGCCUGCACAACCUCUUCUCUGCUGUCACAGCUGAUGACUCCAACCAUUCCCAGUCGCCGCUUCUGACUGCAGCUGAUUCCAUGGUGGUCAGGUCUCUUCCAUCCCCUCCUUCCCAUGUGAUAUUUGAUCAUGGUAGCGAUGGGAUUGGGGAGUCACCCCGAUCAAGCCUUCAGGAGCAGCGGCUGAGACGUCGGCGCAGGAUGCCUGACCGGUAUGGUGACUGGUUGACAGAGUGAGCAACAUUCAGCAGUUCUCGUUCGUACUAGAGACUUUAAAGUUCCCAUUUGGGGCUCUAGUCCAGCUAUACGAUUUAUUUGUCUGUUAAAGAGCAACAUUGCAUUUGGAUUAUGAAAAAAAAGAAGACAAUAUAUUUACAGUGCGUCCCUUAUUUGUGCCUGUGCACCUUUAUAGAGCUAAUUUUGCACUAAGUCGACAGCCAAUCUCAUGCUCUAGAUUAUUAAAAUGUUACUUGUAAUAGACACUACUACCUCUUUACUGUUUUCAAGCUUGUGUAUGAGGUGAUUGUUUACUAGUUUGUGGGACUUCUGCUGGAGUGGAAUUGUUCAUUGCCAUCCAGGGUGGGGGUAGUGUUGUGAGAUGUGUGUGUGUGCUCCGACUUGUGCAUCUGAGCUUGUUGUGAUGCUGGAAGGAGCAGGGGGGAUGCGUGCUUGAGCGUGUGCAUGUGAGGAGCAGCGCGCGCGCUGCGAGGAGCGAGAGAGCGCGUGCCACGAGGAGAGAAAGGAAAAAAAAGGAGGGGCGGAGCACCUUAGCAUGCGGGAAGUUGUGGACAAGUUGUUCCGAAAGUGAAUAUAAUAAAGAUAAUCAGUUCUUCUAAGACAACUGAGAAUAAUUAUUUGGCUUCGCACGUUCCGGACAAUCUGACGACCCGUAAAGGGAGGUGAACCCCAGAGGAAAACCAACCUUCGGCCCUGGAGAAAAUCUCCCCUGCUCUUUCGACUACGGUCGGGGGAAAACGAAGCAGGAACGGUUCAACAACAGGGAAACAAUUCGCAACCGCAGCUGCAAGAGUACGCAAGCGCAGCUUCAGGAAUUCACAUGCAGGAUUUUGAUUCACAACCGCAAAGUAAAUGCUCGAAAAACAAACUCAAAUCUUUGGAUACAGGAUACAGGAUUUAUUUUGUGGU